UCGCUUAUUGUGUGAAAAUAGAUUUAUGGACUAAGCCUGAAAGUGAAAAAACCAGAUGGGAACAGCCAUCACUUUUGUUGAAGUUCCUUGAAUGUACUAUGAGGAGCAUCUAGAAAGAUUCCACACUGAUGUAAUGAAUAUUCCAUUCAGAUUGUGUGAAGCCUAAAUAUAGCGUGUCGACCGUUCGGACAUUCUACAUUUCGAGAAUUAUGUGGGAGAAUAGCGAUUUGGAAAAAGUGAUAUUUCGAAAAUGGUAGCUUCCCGCCACUAGUGACGUCGCAGUGUGGAACUGACAAGUGACAAGUGGUCCGCCAACUGCAACACAACAAAGCCUUGACGAAAGUCUGAUACUACUAGUAGUGAAAUACUCGUGAAAAGUUGAAAAAUAUGAGUACUAAAUUAAUCUUGGGGGUGCGAUUAACUCCACAAACAUUUUCGACGGUGAAGCUAGAUAAUUUCAGUCUUGACAACAAAGUUGAACAGCUCAAAACUGAAGCAGCUUUUAAAGUUAACCUCCCGAAAGAAUCUCUGGAAUUAAUAUACUGUGGAUGCAUCCUGGAAGACGAUGCAACGUUGGCAUCGUAUGGUUUGAAAAGUGGAGUUAUGGUUCAUGUUCUGAAAAAAAAAGAACCUGAAGUUCCUGUUCCUGCAAAACCUAUAUCGGAAGCAAGUGUUUUACAUCUGGCUUCUGCUUUCCGAUCAUUCAAUGUCAAUCCAGCAUUGCGUAGUGCUCUGCAUCGCCUAAGCAAGAGAUCGGAAGUUAUUGAAAAUAUAAUUUCGUCAUCACCGGGCUUGAGCGAUGACUCAGUUGCCAUUGCUAUGCUUCAAGACCCAGACUUAAUGGCACACUUCACAGAUCCAGAUACUGUCAGAAGAAUAGCUGAACUGCAUCCUUGCCUUGUUGAAGCAGCGCAACAUAUUGCUGCUGCUGUACAUGAAGAAGCCCACAGUAACUCGGCAGGAGCAUCUAAUGCAUCUACCUCAUCAACACAUCAUACAGCAUAUUCCUACAGCCUUGACAACAUGAGCGACGAUGAGGAGAUGGCAGGAGAUUCGUCACAGUCAUCAGAUUCCACUCAGCCUACAGGACUUUCAAGAAAUCAGUCCAAUUCAGCUAUCACAACUGCUCAACUUUCAGCGGCGUUGGCUCGGACAAGAUCCAGAGGCUUCCCACUUUCAACCUCAUCAUCUACGUCAGGCUCAAGACUCAUAACAACGGAAAUGUUUUCUCAAGCCAUACAGCAAGCUUUUUCUUCUGGAUCUACACAACCGCUUGUUCCACCUUUACCUCCUGUUCUUCCUCAACCAUCUGAAUUGCAGACUCAACUGGCUCAAAUGCAUGAAAUGGGUCUCCAAGAUGAUGCUGUCAAUGUUCAGGCAUUACAGUUCACCAAUGGUGAUGUACAAGCUGCUAUAGAGUUGGUUUUCAGCGGAUUCAGUGAUACCUAAGUGCGAAAUUUUAUCUUUGAGAGUCUAGACUAAUAAACACCAUUGCAGAAAGCA